GGACAGCGCUACCAUGCUACUCAUUAUGCCCCCACAUGGUAACUGUAAUGGAGAUCAUAAUCAUCAACAUGACAAUCCAGAAAUGGGAAUUGAAUACAGUCUGUAUUCAAAAAUAAAUACAGAAAAUUUGGAAUGCCUAAACGAAGCCGUUGAAGGGUCUGGAAAAACUGUAUUCAAACCAUGGGAGGAUAGGCUUAAUUUUGAAGUUUUUGUUGAAUCAGAUGCUGACCAAGAGUUGUUGUUUAAUAUACCGUUUGUUGGUAAUGUUAAGUUAAAAGGAAUUAUAAUUGCUGGGGAAGAAGCUGAUAAUUUUCCCAACAGGGUUAGAUUGUUCAAAAACCGACCAAAUAUGACUUUUGACGAUGUCUCAUCCAAACCUGACCAGGAAUUUGAGAUAUCCCAGGACAAUCAGGGCCUUUUAGAAUAUGCAACUAAGGUUGUUACUUUUAACAAUGUACACCACCUAUCAUUGCAUUUUCCCAGCAAUUUUGGAGCUGAUGUGACAAGGUUAGCUUACAUAGGUCUUAAAGGUGAAUUUUUUGAGGCCCAUCACCAUGGUGUUACUAUUUGUAAUUAUGAAAUCAGACCAAAUAUGAUGGACCAUAAGAAUCCUUUGAAUGAGAACGUUUCAAGGGAUGUACAAUAAUUUUAUUUAAUUUUGUAAAUAAACCUUUUCACAAAUACA